CUCCAGCUGUUGCCGCAUUCCUCCAUACGUCGCAAUUGGCUGAGGCCGCCGGCUUUUUCACGUUUGUGUGCGUUUGGAGUGUGCGUGAAUGUAACGGAGGAUUAAACAAUCGUUCCUAGACAUCCACCGGUUGCACAUGCGGCACGGGGAAUGUAUUCGCUGUCAGAAAGAAAGAGACUGUGAUCACAACAGGGGGAGAGAAGUGACAGAAUAUUUCCGGGAGUUCUGUCAGGAGACUGAAUUCUGGUUCUUGGAUCAGCUGCGUAAUUGCGUCCUUUUUUUUCCAGCGCAAUGACACAAGUGGCCAGUCCCUCUUCAAUAAUGGACUCUGAGAUCAUGUUCCAACCAGAGUCAGAUCAGAUGUCUCCAGUUGAACCCAAGUCGCCGCCUCUGGACCUGAUUGACACAGGGAAAGGACUGAAAGUCCAGACAGCCACACCUCAUCUGGUGAGCCUGGGCAGCGGGAGGCUGAGUGUGGCAAUCACUGUGCUGCCACUGAAAGAAGGGGUGACCCGCAUAGGCCGAGAAGAUGCACCAGUUCCUCAAGAUAUCACUGUCCAGGGGCCUGGCAUCGAGGCAGAGCACUGUCUCAUCUUCAAUGAAGGAGGGGUGGUGACCCUGGACCCCUGUGAUCACCUUUGCAGUCUGGAUGGAGUACAGGUCACUGUGCCCACACCACUCACACAGGGUUAUUCCCUGUGUCUGGGUAAAUCCUAUUUCUUCCGGUUCAACCAUCCCGAGGAGGCCAGCAGAAUGAAGAGCAUGCUUCCACAAAAGAGCCCUGUGUCUGCUUUAGCCUACAACACAGACUACCUGAAGUUUAGCAGCGACUAUAGCCAUGCGGUGGUGGGUGGCACCAGCAGUGCUAGAGGCAUGCGAUCAGCCUCCGAGCUCCGGGACUUGAUGGACACCCUGCAGCGCAAGAAGAUUGCCCUAGAGAACAGCCUGAGAGCCAACGGGAAUGCCAACCCUUCCUACUUCAGCGUGACACAGAGUCCUCCAACCACACCCAUCACAAGUCCUACCACAUCUUCAUCAGCCUAUCAGGAACAAGCAAGGCGUUUCUAUGGCUCAGAUCGUCCGCCCAUGUCUUUGAAAUCUGCGCCCCCUCUUUCCCCUGGACGGCGAUCUGACCCUUCCUCUUCUCUGACCUCCCGCACUUCAAACAGUCGCAGCCAGGACAACUUCGGCGUAACCGAUAGCCGGCGGCUGCACAACUCAGGCUCCUCGACUUUACUGUCCACGUGGAAUGGCGGAGGCUCCUCCAUUUCUGUUGAUGGUAGCAACAACUUCCUCCUCACUCUUCCUCCCCCCUCAUCCUCAUCCCGCACUCCAUCGUCAGGAGGGGCGGCGAGCAUGCCAUCGAGCCCCCGUCUUGGCCGCCGUAGCUAUGGCAACCAAGAGCCAUCACCCAGCAGUCGAACCAGGAAAUACUCAGCCGGCUCCUUGAGUGGGAUGAUGGCAGGAGGGCACAGCCGUUCGCUUCCACGCCUCUGCCCCUCUCCAUCUCCCCGUGACAAUGGUGCCCUAACUUUGUCAACGCUGCCCCCACGAAGAUCUGAUGUUGCUGGGGGUUACAAAUUUAGCAAAGACCAUUACAACAACAGCCAGAAUGCCAGUUCAGACCUCAACCACAACUAUAGUAACUCCAGCCAGCUUUCCUCCAACAGGAAUCAAACCCAGAACCAAACUCAGGGGGAAGGUGUUGUGUCUAUCUCCCUCUCCACCCCAAAAAACUUGCCCUCCAACACCUCCUCCAUCCCUUCCACAACCACCCCACCAGACGUGACCAUCCCAUCCAGGGCGGGGGGCUCCUCUUCUCCACGCGUGGCCAAAAAACUCAGCCUGACCUCCACUAGCUCUGUGGGUUCCAUCAGCUCCACAAGUUCCAGCCCUCCAGAGCUGGAACGGCUGGCCAGCCGUGGGGUCUCACCAGGAGUGGAGCUGUAUUUGGGGGAGAGGGAGAGGCGUGGGGUAGGCCUAGAACUCACUGGUUCCCAGGGGCUUGGACUUGGGGAAAGGAGGUCUUCAUUUGGGAAAGCAGGGCUGGAACCUGGGAUAGGGCUGGGCGAGAGGAGGCAGUCAUUUGGAAAGGCGGGAGUGACCCCACCAGGUGGGUUUAGGGAAAGAAGGGGGAGUAUCAGCUCACUGAGUGGGAAAGAGGAAUUGACCGACUACCACCAUCGCCAAAAAGAGGAGAGACUCCGUGAGCAGGAGGUGGAGAGACUGGAGCGACAGCGGCUGGAGACCAUCUUGUCUCUGUGUUCAGAGCUGGGCCGGGCUGAAAGAGACGGAGGUGGCGCAGCUACGAGUUCCACUUCGGCUGUAUCGGACCUCCAAAAGAUCAACCAGGAGCUCGAAAAGCUUCAACUAAACGACGACGAUGACGACACACCGUCUGUCUUUUCGGACUCUUCGGCUGUUAACGGAACAAUGGGGAAUGGACACAUGGCAUCCCCUGGAUCAGAAAAUGGUUACUACGAUGACGAUCUCCAGGUACGACGGAGGCGCAGCAGUGGUCACAGAGAGAACAGGGCAGAAUCACCCGCUGUCAGUCUGCGAAGCUUCGCCCCCUCACCUUCUCCACGCACACAGAGGAACAAUGAGGCUGUAGAAGAUGCAGCCCACCACCGCGGACAGGAAGUGAGGCCUUCGGAGGAGGAAGUGAGGCGCGUGGAAGAGGAGAGGAUCCAGGUGCUGAACAACAUGGAGGAGCUUGAACAAAAGAUCAAAGAGCUGGACAACCAAGUGGAUGAAUCUGCCCGAGAGGUGGAGGUUGAGCGAGCGCUGGUGGAUGCUGAGAUGGAGUCAGAGGUAGCUGCUCUCCAGCAGGAAAAAGAUGCUCUGGAAGCACUCCACACCAAGAUGGCUGACCUAGAGACCAAGUCCCAGCAGGAAAAAGAAAAGGCGUGUGAGUUGCUGCAGGCAGAAAGGGGCAGAGUAGAGAGGUUGGCUCAGAUUGUGUGUGAGCAGCGCUCCCAGCUGGACAGCUGCCCUGAGGCCACCAAGGAGCCCCUCCAGGAGCAGCUGGCCAGGGACUGUGAGGUGCUCGAGACGGAGACAAAGCGUUUUGAGGACCUGGAGUUCCAGCAGCUGGAGCGAGAGAGCAGACAGGACGAGGAGAAAGAGACCCACACACAACAGCUUCUCCGGGACAUUGCGGACUACCAGCGCAGCACUGUCACUCGCAAGGAGCGACUGUUAACACUGAAGAAGCAGGCCACACAGAUUACCCAGCAGGCUCAGCGAGAGAAGGAGAGCUUCUUGAAGGAGAGGAGCAACCUCGAAGCGAUGCUGCAAAGGGAAAAAGAAAACCUCACCACGCUGGAAAGAAAAUAUGCUGACCUUACUGGUGGCCGGGGUUUCACUCUUAGGGAGGGCUAUGUCACAGUCAGUGAAAUCAAUGAGCUAUACUCACAGCUUGGGGGGGACCCUAAACCCGCCCCUCACCACACUGUGUCCAAUGCCUCUCCUGAGCCCGAGGUAGAGCCCUCCCUUGAUGGCGACACUCCUAAAGCACCAGAGGACGAGCAUUUCCGUUUGCUGGAAGAGAGAAAGAGGUCUGAGAAAGAAGGCGGCUCCCAUCUAAGUGACACUUUACCCAGGAAGAAAACCACACCCACCAUGACCCCCCAGUUCAUGUGUGCAACACUUGGACGCAGCUUCCCUAAUAAGUCCCAUCAGCCCCUGGUACAGAGCACAAGUUGUGGCAGCAUUCUUCCAAGAAUCUUCUCCUUAUCCAACAAGGACACUGACUCUCGACGUUUGCAUAAAGGUCAGCCCGGGUCCCGAGCAGCUUCUCAGACCAACGUCUACCUCGAUGCCUUUGGGUACCGUGACCAGGCCUUUGACACAAUGAGUGUGGAUAGCACCGACUCCAUUGAAACCAGCAUCUCUGCUUGCUCGCCUGACAACGUCUCCAGUGCCAGUACUUCAAAUAUGGCCAAGUUAGAGGAGAUGGAGCGUCUGCUGAGAGAAGCCCAGGCAGAGAAGAGAAGCCUCCUCGAACACAAGGAGCGUGAGAUGGACAUGCGAAAGCAGGCGCUGGAGGAGGAGCGGAGAAGACGGGAAGACCUGGAGAAAAGGUUACAAGAGGAAACGAGCAGACGGCAAAAACUCAUCGACCGUGAGGUGAAAAUGCGAGAAAAACAGCGAGCACAGUCCCGACCACUGACACGGUACCUGCCUGUUCGUAAGGACGAUUUUGACCUGCGGGCUCACAUUGAGUCGGCAGGCCACAGCGCCGACACAUGCUUCCACUUGUCCAUCUCUGAAAAAACCUGCCGCGGCUAUUUGGUUAAAAUGGGAGGAAAAAUUAAAACCUGGAAGAAACGCUGGUUCGUCUUUGACCGUAACCGACGCACGCUCUCCUACUAUGCAGAUAAGCAUGAAGCCAAACUGAAAGGAGUCAUCUACUUCCAAGCUAUUGAAGAAGUGUAUUAUGAUCACUUGAAGAAUGCACAUAAGAGCCCAAACCCCUCCCUGACCUUCAGUGUGAAGACUCAUGACAGAGUCUACUACAUGGUUGCUCCCUCUCCUGAAGCCAUGAGGAUCUGGAUGGAUGUGAUCGUCACAGGCGCAGAGGGAUACACCCAGUUCAUGGUGUAGUGAAGGGGCAGGAUUUGCCAACGUCCUUCAACUUUUUAUGGCUUUUAAGACUACGUCCUCUCUUUACUCGUUGGACUUUUUUUAAGCAUCUGGACGGAUUUUCUUGUCAUCUAUGCUGAAGAUCGAGCGCAGUUUACGUUGUGUUCUGUAGCCACAGCAGCCUUGAGUUAAGAAACUGUUUUAACAUUUUAUCCGCCUCUUUUGCAAGAUGGGCAGCGUGUACAAUCAUAAUGUGGAGCAUUCGUGUGAAACUAUCGGCAGGUACAAGAUAAUAAUUUUAACACAGAUUUCUAAGGAAUCUGGUUCAGUCCCAGAGAAGUAAUGAAUUUUAAGAGAUCUGAAGUGUGCUGUGCUAGGCACCACUGUGCCUUGGAGUGCUCAAGUAUAAAAAGAUUAUAAAAAGAUAAACCUGCCUUCACUUUCAUAUGAGCUUAUUACAAGGAGCAGACAGAAUUUUUCAUGUGUAGAAACCUUUACCAGUUCUACUCUAUAUGAUGUCAUUAUCAACAUCUCAUCAUAACAUCAACUAAAACACAUAGCAGUAGUUAUUAGUAGUCUGGUUUAGAAUUGCUGAGUGCCAGACAAAGCCUAAACAAUUUUAACAUUAUUAUAAAUUAAGUUUUUGCAAUGGCUUUAAUCAAUCUUGAGUUUUGUGUCUUUCAAUCGUUUUUAGACCAUUUCCAAUUUUUUGUUAUUUUGAUUUUCAUUUCAUGGAUCAUUACUGUGGCAUUCUCAGGUCUUAACUACAUAAGAUACAUGCAUCAUGUGUGAGUUUAUACACAUGUGCUAAAGAAGUGCCUGUUGUGUGUGCAUACUCUAUGCACACAUGUAUUUACUGUGAGCUGCUAAUGUAGCUCUGAGGUGCUAUUCUUACAUAGUGGAGGCACACCCCUCAUGUAAUACAUUUUAAAAUGGGCCGUAAUUAUACACUACACAUGGUGAUUAUCAUGUCAUUUUUUUAAAAUGGGUUACUGUUCUGGGUUUACAAUAGUGUCGCCACAGACUCAGAAAUGAGGCUCAAACAACUUUUAAAACAUAAAGUGUCAAGUAACUUGUUAUUUCCAAUAUAAGGAGUUAAAUAGGAAUAAUGAAUAAUGAUGAGGAAUAAUGACUAAAGGCACAAUAUCGUGAUAUUUGUACAUUUUGUAGUUAGUUUAAAAAUGGUUAUGACGGUUAUGGUCCAUUAUAAAUCAAGACUCCUGUUUGUGCCUUCUUUUUUUUUUAAUCAUAUUUUGUGUGACAGUAUUUUGACAUGCAUAUUAUCUAUAUUUUAAGGAGCUAUAUACAAAAUGCCAAACUGCCUGUCUGUGGUGAUAAAACACAUAAAUGUGUAAAUAUGGUCCUGAGUGGUUUUGUGAGAAAGCGGCCUUGUAGGAUUAACUUGUGUUUUAAGGAGUGGAGAGGAAAAAGAAUCUAUGGUACACACACUAUCUAAGAGGCCUUUAGUCAUCAAACCUGACUGGUUAUUGUGGUGCUUUGGUCCACUAGCUUUCAUUGCAUUUCUUUUAUUACCACUAAUUCAAUGUUAAACCAUCACUAAAGCUGCUUUUCAUACUUCAGUCCACUGAUCAGUGCAUUUAUCAUCGUUUUGCCUCUUGGCAUUGCUUUUUUAUUUUGUUGUAUUGACCAAAGUCCAUGUUUAUGUGGUAUAAUGUAUAUGUGGUUUAACUGCUUUGACUUCUCUUUGUUCACUAC